AUGCAGAGCCACGAGCUCCUGGAAAGCGAAGACGAUGUGUUGACAGCCAAAAGCAAUCAUGCUCUCUUGCUCUAUGCCCUGGGGAAGCGCACCGAAUCGGCGGCGCUCUACAGCGACGUGCUGCAACAAGCUGAGCGUGUGUUCGGGGCCUACUCGAGCCAGGCUGUUGCUGCACGUGCGGACCUGGAAGAGCUUCGUCGCAGAGAGGCGAGGCAGCAGAAAGCUCCGAUCGAGAUCGCCGGGAACUCGGGACAAUGCUCGAAGAAAAGUGGCAAAGAGAAUCAUGACGGGCCAGCACCAGGGCAGUACGACCAGAACGCUUUCAAGCACAGUGGCCAGAUCCGGAGGGCUCCGGUGUACACUGCGCAGGGCAGGGAGGCUUGGCGUGACCCUGUGGCCGCCCCGGGACCCGUGCCAGGAGAGUGCGCCAUAAGGUACAAUGUCGAAAGGGCAUUGCGCAACGGGAAGAUCACUCCCUUCAAGCCACUUUGCGAGAGGGCCACGGUGAAGCCGGGGCCUGGCCACUACAAGUUACCCUCCAUCGGCGAGAGGAAUGCGUACCCCCACAUUGAGAAGCCGCCUCUCUGGAAGUUCUUGCAAGAGCCACGGGGUCUGCUGCCAACCUAG